GCACGCGCUGGUCUCAAAUUUAAAAAAGGAAAAACUAAUUCUCCAUUAGAACAAAAAGAAGGAGAAGAAGAAAGUCAAGAGCAAAAGCAAAGAUACCCACCUUUGCCAUUUCUUCUUCUACUUCUCUAACUUCCUUCCUUUAAACGUUCUCUUUGAUUCUAAGGCCACCCACGAAGUAAUUGACGAGUUUAUACUAUAAAAUUUGUUUCUUUAUUGAGAGAUAGAGACAAGAGUCUGCCUAAUAUGAACCAGAAGGCUAACGUUUCUAAAGAGCUUAAUGCUAAGCAUAGAAAGAUUUUGGAAGGUCUCCUUAAAUUACCAGAGAAUAGGGAGUGUGCUGAUUGCAAAACCAAAGGUCCACGAUGGGCUAGUGUAAAUCUGGGAAUCUUCAUUUGCAUGCAGUGCUCCGGGGUGCAUAGAAGUCUUGGAGUACACAUAUCAAAGGUAAGAUCUGCCACUUUAGACACAUGGCUUCCAGAGCAAAUUGCAUUUAUCCAAUCUAUGGGGAAUGACAAAUCAAAUAGCUACUGGGAAGCAGAGUUGCCUCCCAAUUAUGAUAGAGUUGGAAUUGAGAACUUCAUUCAUGCAAAGUAUGAGGAAAAGAGAUGGGUUUCCAGGGAAGGUCAAGCAAGAUCACCUUCGAGGGGGAGUGUAGAGAAGGGGUCAGUUUAUAGACCAGUACCAGAAAGCAGUAGUCAUAAGCCAAUGAAUAGCGUUAACAAUGCUUUUGAGGAGAAGAAAAGCACCCCUCCACGCAUUACAAAUGAUAGCAAACCUGCUUUCAAGAGUUGCACUCCAGCAUCUGCUAAAACAUCCCAACAGGUCUCCGUUGACCCAAAACCACAAGAACCUCUACAGAUUUCAGAACCAGCAGUCUCAAAAGCUAAAUUGGUAAAGAAGGAAGAGAAAAUAACCCCUAUUGCCAAACCGGCAAAAGUGGAUUAUGCAACUGAACUUUUUAACUUGCUUUGCAUGGAUGAUUCAAGUGGAAAUUCCUCCAAGGCUUCUGUUGGUGAUAAUGCUCGGGCUGGUUUCCAAACUGCCAAAGUUGAAUCAGCAUCAGGAGGAAGUGAUGCACCAAAUAUAUCUGAAAGCAAGAUGCAUUCCAAACAAGAAGCUGAGAGAAUAAUUAAAGAUUCGCCGCCAGUAGCUCCAUUCUCAGGGAAACCCCAAAAUGAGGCAAAGAAUGAUAUUAUGAAUCUCUUUGAGAAGUCCAGCAAGGCGUCUCCAUUUUCUGUCCAUCAACAACAAAUCACUAUGUUAUCCCAAGAGCAGCAAGUCCUCAUGGCAGCUGCAGUGAAGUCUGGUGGAUUUCAAACCUGUCCUCCCAAUGUACAAAAUGUUAUUCCCAAUGGCAGUUAUUUAUCCAGUCACAAUUGGGGAAGCAUUGGCUAUCAACUUCCUGGAAUGAUGAUGCCAACCACUGAUCUACAAAAACAUAUUCAGAUUGGUAACAACCAGCAUAUAUAUUCAGCAGGGAACUCGGUUAACAUUCCAGUAUCAAGCAUGUAUAGCCCAGGGCCAGUAGCUCCAAUAAAUGGUGUAACAAAUAUUAGAUCAACUAUGCCGCCUCCGUCAUUUCCCAUGGCUCCAGCUCAACCUCAAGGAUACUAUGAUUUAUCCUAUCUAGAACAAGGCAUGUCUACAAAACGAUGACCAAUUACAUCAUUCCAUCAUAGAUAGUUACAUCACAAGAAAUUUAGGUUCAUAUUGCCUUGUAGUUUUUACUGCUUUCAUUUGUAUUGAUUUGUAUUGAUAUAGUACUUGAUAUAAUAAAGCUGCAUUCAUAUUUUUUUUA